AUGAGGCGUGGUCGAGCGGGAGCCGGUUAUCGUCGUGGUCCGGGACGACCACGGAAACAACCCAUUGAGGCUGAGGAACCAGAACCAGUGACUCAGGAGGCGGAUUCUUCUAGGGAUCCAACGGAUGUUGAGACGGCUAGUCGGGGACAGACCCAUCAGACUCCUAGGGAUCAGGGACGUCAGCCUCAGGAGAUCCCUUCAGUCAUACCAUCUGGUAGGAAUCGGGAAUUUCAGCCUCAGGGUAUUCCCUCCGGGAUACCAUCAGCAUUUCCUACUCCUGCUACUACUGAUUGGAUGAGGGACAGAGCUCGGAUACCGUUGCUGGCGAGGUCCGUCAAGGACAGAUUUACCUUAUAUUUGGGCGGAGCAGAUCCUUGGGCUGCUCGAAGUUGGUUGAAGAAUGUAGAGAGCACCUUUGAGUACCUGAGUUGCACGGAUGAGGAGAAAGUGGAAUUGGCAGCGUAUCAUCUCCGAGAUCAAGCAGUCACAUGGUGGGACAUGCAGAAGACGAUCUUUGGAGAGCAGCGUAUCACAUGGGCGAUGUUCCGAGACGCGUUUGAGCGGCAAUAUUUCCCAGCGACUUUCUGUCUAGCUCGACGCCAGGAAUUUCUGAAUCUCAAGCAGGGCGACCGGUCAGUGAUGGAGUACAAUGCUGAAUUCUGUAGGUUGGCAGAAUUUUGUCCUCACUUAGUGGCACAAGAUUAUGAUCGUAUGCAGCAGUUCACUCAGGGUCUUGCAGCAUACAUUCGGAUUCGGAUGUCAGGAUUUCCAGGUAGUUCCUAUCGGGAGGUUCUAGAUCGAGCACUAUUCAUAGAGAUGACUCAGCAGCAAGUAAAUCAGGAGAAAGGACAUGAAAAGCAGUCGUCGCAAAAGAGAGGGAAUAGAGGUCAGAGUUCUCGGGCUCCUUCCGGAGGAUCUUCUCGGCCUCAGAAGACUGGGCGAACAUCGGAUGGAGGUUCUCGUCCCCCUCAUCAUGAUCAGAAGAACUUUGGUGGGACCAGGUGUUUUCAAUGUGGGUCCAAGAGUCACACCAGGAAUAGUUGCCCGUUAGAUCAUGCUAUAUGUUUCUACUGUAAACUUCCGGGGCAUGAGAGUCGGGAUUGUACUCUGAAAGCACAGUUGGAGGCUCCUAAAGCUACAUCUCAGGGGGAAUCAUCCUCUCAGUCACGUUCACAGAGGAGAUCGCAGAAGACCCAGAGUGCCCCACGUCAGCAACGACCACAGCCUUCUCAGGGACAGAUAUACCAUGUGCAGGGACAGGAGCCAGCGACUACACAGUAUUCUGCCGCAGCGUUUUCUCAUCAGGCAUUUCCAGCACAGCAGGAUUUUCAUCCACAUCAGCCUUACUCAGCAUAUCAGCAGCAGCCUCAGUCUCAGUAUCAGCAGCCGGUUCCCACACCUAAGAUGCCAGCGCAGGCCACUUCAGGGAUACCACAGUCGAGCUCAGAGGUGGGUCGUGUUUAUGCCGUUACACGGGAGGAGGCGCAGCGAGCUGAGGGAUCGGUUUUCCGAGGUACUAUUUCAGUUUAUACAUUUACGGCAGAUUUAUUGAUAGAUACUGGUAGUUCCCAUUCAUUCAUAUCUCGAGUAUUUCUGGGUAAAAUCGGGAGAUUGCCUAGUCGUCGGACACACGGGCUGACAGUAUCUCUACCAUCUGGCGAGGUACUAAGUAUUAGUCUGGAAGUCAAAGGAUGUCCUUUAGACUUCAAUGGUCAGACUAUUAUGGUGGAUCUGCAGGUAUUGGAGAUGGUGGAAUUUGACAUUAUUUUGGGCAUGGAUUGGCUGGCCAUGAACCAUGCCACAGUUGACUGCAGAGCAAGAGUAGUCACAUUCCGACCUCCCGGUUUACCAUCGUGGUCAUUCAUCGGAACCGGGGGUGAUGGGAUAUCAGUCAUAUCGGCAAUGCAAGCGAGAAGAUUGCUGUCGCAGGGUUGUCGGGGAUAUUUGCUAUCUAUGGUUAAAGCUGAUACAGAUGCAUUACCACGACUCUCGGACGUUCCUAUUGUUCGAGAAUUUUCAGAUGUAUUCCCUGACGAACUCCCCGGUUUGCCUCCUAAAAGGCAAGUCGAGUUUACAAUUGAGUUGGUUCCGGGAACCGCUCCGGUAUCCAAGACCCCUUAUCGCAUGGCACCAAAGGAGUUAGAGGAGCUGAAGGUUCAGUUACAGGAGCUGUUGGACAGAGGAUUUAUCCGUCCCAGUGUUUCUCCGUGGGGAGCACCAGUACUCUUCGUUAAGAAGAAAGACGGAUCACUGAGACUAUGUAUUGAUUACCGACAAUUGAAUGCGGUCACUAUCAAGAACAAAUAUCCGCUGCCACGUAUAGAAGAUUUAUUUGAUCAGCUGAAGGAUACCUGUGUAUAUUCAAAGAUUGACUUGCGCUCAGGCUAUCAUCAGCUCAGGGUUGGAGAUGCGGAUAUUCCGAAGACAGCAUUUCGCACUCGUUAUGGUCAUUACGAGUUCUUGGUAAUGCCAUUUGGGCUUACCAAUGCCCCAGCAGUGUUUAUGGAUCUGAUGAACAGAGUGUUCCUGGAGUACUUAGAUCGGUUCGUCAUUGUGUUCAUUGACGAUAUUCUGAUAUAUUCACGAUCUGAGGAGGAGCACAUGCGACAUCUUCGCAUAGUUUUGGAGACGCUUCGGCGAGAACACCUCUAUGCGAAGUUUAGUAAAUGCGCCUUUUGGCUACCUUCGGUGGGUUUUCUUGGACAUGUUGUCUCCAGCAGAGGUAUAUCUGUGGAUCCACAGAAGAUUGAGGCCAUCACUGGUUGGGAGCAGCCGAAGACCGUACAGGAGAUUCGUAGCUUUUUGGGAUUAGCUGGGUAUUAUCGGAGAUUUGUUGAGGGCUUUUCCAGCAUAGCCUUACCAUUGACUCGAUUGACCCGGAAGGGAGAGAAGUUUAACUGGACAGAAUCUUGUGAGCAGAGCUUCCAGGAGCUCAAACGGAGACUUGUUACUGCACCAGUGUUAGUACUUCCUUCUGGCGUGGAUGGAUUUGUACUUUUCACGGAUGCAUCAUAUCAGGGGCUGGGUGCCGUACUUAUGCAGCGCGAUCGUGUGGUGUCAUAUGCCUCACGUCAGCUGAAGGAUCAUGAGAGGAACUAUCCAGUCCACGAUUUGGAGUUGGCAGCUAUCAUCUUCGCACUGAAGAUUUGGCGACAUCAUUUAUAUGGGAUGACCUUUGAGAUUUAUACUGAUCAUAAAACCAACGUGGUGGCUGAUGCUUUGAGCAGGAAAUCCCGUGGAGUUUUGGCUUGUCACCGAGUGAUGGUUACAGAGUUGAUACAGAACUUCUCUGAGUUGGGGUUGAUGGAGCAAGCACAGACAGAGCGAGGCUUGCUAGUCACCAUGGUUGCUCAGUCACCUAUAGUGGAGCGUAUCAAAGAGGCUCAGGCUACAGAUCAGCAUCUGCAGUUUUUACGUAGCAGAGUUACCUCAGGACAGCGGACAGAGUUUGCUUGUGAUGAUAGUGGAAUUCUGUAUUUUCGCGGCAGAUUAUGUGUUCCUGAGUCACAUCCUGUUCAGGAGGACUUACUACGGGAAGCACAUCGAUCUAGGUUUGUGAUUCAUCCAGGAGGUACUCGCAUGUACAGGGAUCUGAAACGAUCAUACUGGUGGAAUGGUAUGAAGAAGGAUAUUGCGACAUUCGUGGCACAGUGUUUAGUUUGUCAGCAGAUUAAAGCAGAGCAUCAGAGACCAGCUGGUUACCACUCAACGAUUCAGAUGGCACCAUUCGAGGCAUUAUAUGGCAGAGCAUGUAGAUCUCCUACUUUAUGGGACGAGGUUGGAGAAUCGUCAGUCUUGGGACCCCAGCGUAUUCAGCGUGAUGCAGAGUUGGUUGGCACCAUCAGACGCAGAAUGACAGAAGCUCAGGAUCGACAGAAAAGCUAUGCAGAUCGGAGACGGAGACCUUUGGAAUUCUUUGUGGGUGAUCAUGUGUUCCUGCGAGUGUCUCCUACCAAGGGAGUUAAGAGAUUUGGAUUGAAAGGGAAGUUAGCUCCUCGUUACAUCGGACCCUUUCAGAUACUUGAGAGGAUCGGUGAGGUAGCAUAUCGACUGGCGCUGCCUCCUUCACUUGCCGGGGUGCAUGAUGUAUUUCACGUAUCUAUGUUGAGGAAGUAUGUACCACACCCUACGCAUAUUUUGACUGAUGUCUCGAUCACCCUUCAGCCAGAUGUAGCAUAUGAGGAGGCUCCAGUGCGGAUAUUGGAUCGUAAGGAACGCCAGCUGCGAAACAAGACAAUCCGAUUGGUCAAGGUUGGAUGGGAGCAUCAUUCCGAUGAUGAGGCAACCUGGGAGCUGGAGGAUGAGAUACGAGCGCGGUACCCACAGUUGUUUGAUGAAGGUAUGUAA